AUGGAGGAUGAAAGUAGCAGCGAUGAAGAACACUUCAUCGAUCCGAGUGAUAUACUGGCUGUGGAUGAAGGAGAAGGCGAUGGCGAUGUUCCGAUGGAUGACGCAGACGAUGACGAACAUGACCCCGGCUCCCCUUCCCUUCAGCAGAGCAUACAAGACAAUGUCAUAUUCGAAGAUAACUCGAUCCAACAAUUCCCUAACCACCAAAAGUCCGUCUUUUCCAUUUCAGUCCAUCCAACGCUGCCGAUUGCCGCCUCGGGUGGCCAGGACGACUUAGGAUAUCUGUGGAACUUCCAGAACGGCGAGUUAAUUGCACGGCUUUCCGGCCACACCGACAGCGUCUCGAAAACUGCCUUCAGUUUUGAUGGGACACUAGUGGCUACUGGGGGUAUGGAUGGGAAAGUCAGACUAUGGCGUCUAUUAUCAGGCGAUCCAUCUCCCAAGCAUUGGGAGUUUCUGACUGAAAUUAAUGGUCCGGACGAAGUUUUGUGGCUAGAAUGGCAUCCUAAAGGAAGUGUGCUACUCGCUGGGUCUGGCGAUGGCACAGUCUGGAUGUGGCAAUUACCCUCAGGGAAUGUCAUGCAAGUAUUUGCUGGCCACGAAUCCUCGGUUCAAGCCGGUGGUUUUACCCCAGAUGGGAAGAAGAUCGUCAGCGUCGAUGCUAGUGGAAAUCUUAUUCUGUGGGACCCACGGUCACCCGCUCCGGUGUGGAAGCUCAAUGAAGCCGCAGACGGCCGAUUCUCAUUCGAUGGAGGGAUUACAUCUGUUAGUGCCAAUCCAUCUUCGACGCUGGCUGUUGUCGGAGGUGCCGACGGAAUCGUCCGAGUCGUUAAUCUCGCGAAAGGAAGUGUUAUUGGUGCAUUAGAAGGGCACCAAAAGGAUGAAAGCGUUGAAGCCAUCACCUUCCUAGAUUUUGGCAGUGCCUCUGUUGGACAAGGAUCUGGCAUCGUGGCAACAGGUGGAACCGAUGGGAAGAUUUGUAUUUGGGACUUGACAACAAUGAAAAUACGAACAACAUUGGAGCACGAGAGCUCUGUUACCAAAUUGCUCACGCACCCAGUACCUCAUGGGCAUCUGCUCACGUCGGCGUCGGCAGACACCACACUUAAGACUUGGGAUGCUAGAGCAGGAAAGCUUUUACGUCACCAUGUUGGCCACCAAGGACCCGUAUUUGACGCUGCGUUGGGUUUGGGUGGGACGGUGGUUGUGAGUGCAGGCGAUGACGGCAUUUGCUUGGUGUUUGGCACGGAUCAACCGUGA